AUGACUACCGUCGGAUUCAUAUGUGCUAACUGGGGCCUCGAGCAGACGGCUUGCAAGAAGGAAGGUAGAUACACUUGCAAAAAUUGUUUUCUCGUUAUCUACUGCAGUCCAACAUGCCAAAAGUCCCAUUGGUCUCAACAUAAGAUUGAGUGUCAGUCGCCCCUGGGUAAGGAAAUCUGGCAGCCCGCCUGGGUUCUCGAACACAGAACUCCUGCAUUUAUUGGGACCGGCAUUGGGGAGACGUUUGGGGUAAAGAAGUACCUCUGGGGUAACAUCCCUGCGUUUGACGUCCUUAAACUGGGAUCAAAUGAAGGAGAGAGAUAUGCUGGAGAUCUUCGUCUCUUGUUUGCAGCUUCAGGAGACCUUCGCAAUGUUAUCAAGACGGUCGCCCACCUUCCAAACAGCUAUAACCACUUUCUCAAAAUCACGAUCAAUGACAGGGAUUUUGACGUCGUGGCCCGCAAUCUGAUUUUGCUUCUUGUUGCACUGGUUGUCGAGACGUCCGAUGAGGCUGUCGAUUGCAUCAUUCACCUAUGGUACUCGGCUCUCGUGCGUGAAUCCGAUAUUGACAUUCUUUACAAUCGUAUUCGGCCUUUGAUCGAAGAUGUCUGUGAAAAGAUCAAAAGAAAGUCAUCUGGAAGUCUCCUUGGGAAGACCUGGACAUUUGGACAUCGCUCGCUAAGAAUCGUUCUGGAACAAUCAUCGUGGAAUCGCCUUUUAUCAUUUUGUAACAAGCCGGCCAGCCUAACUGCCAAGCAAGCACAUAGCAUUCGCGCAACCAACACUCUAGCUCAUUCAAGGAGGGACUAUCGCGACCGAUACAUGUCCUGCCUUUCGCCGUUCCAGCGGAUCUCUUUCGACAAGUUCCGCCAGGACGGCCUCUUGCUUCCGUUCGGAUCCCCACGCCAUGACUUUACGGAGCCAAACCCGACAUUUUUCCAGACCACUGACAGUUGGCCGAUGAAAGACAACGCAGACCCUCUUCAUGGGUGGUCUUUAGAAGAUGUUUUAAGUACAACAAGCGGAGCUGCAACUGCUGACAUCUACGGCAAGCUGUUUUACUACCUUCGCGGAAUGUUUCAGUAUUUUUUGAAUCGAAUAUUGGAUUUAAACAUAUCCUUUCAACUUCUCCAUCUUGACGCUUCUUGCCUUUCGGAUCAUUUCGAAAACGAUUAUUUUAGCCGAAUCGAUGACACUCAUAGCCCUACGUAG